AUGGACCCCAACGUUCCCGGAUUCCCUUCUGCGAUGCAGCAGACCGCGGGUUUUCCUGUCACUCCCCAAAAUCCACAGCAGUUCCCCUACUAUCCGAAUGCCAUUCCCCCGUUUCCCCAAUCCAAAGGUGUUUCUCAUCCUCCACAGCAGCAACACCAGCAUACUCCUUUCGGUGCCGUGCCCAUGCAAGCCGGUCCUAGUGGAGCAAUGAUGCCGUCCGGGUUCCCCCAGCAGUCAUCCGUUGUUCAUGUACGUGUGUGUGCUAAUGGCCUGACGCGUACCCAUUAUUGCGCUACCAUUGCCUGUCGUCUUGCGUUGUUGUUCUUUGUUUCCUUUGUCUUCUUGGCCAAAGUGCGCAGGCGACGUUGGCCGCAAGGACUUGCCGCUAACCAUCCGGAUGGACUAGUAGGACCCCACGCCAACUUCUCUGCACCAUUUGCCCAGCCACCCGUGCCAGCAACGUCUAUGAGCCAGUUUCUUCCUCCCCAGGCGACUGCGACGUCGACUCUUCCCGCAACUACAGCGCAGUCCUCCCCGCCCAACAUGGCUUCGGUAUCGGCGACCAACAUGAUACCUGCGCAACAGCAACAGCAAAGGGCAGGGCCCCAGCAGAACCCAUUGUCGAGCUCCGCCCAACCAGCUCCUCAGUCACCCGCGACGGCCGCGCGUGAGAAGGCUCGUGUGUCCACGCUCUUGGACAUAAACUCGAUGUUGCUGCAGGAAGUCAUGAAUCUUCAGGCGGCUGGCAAGGCUGGUGCGCCUUCUCAAGGAGCGCCGGAGUCGAACCCAUCACCUGGUUCAGACCAGACCUCGGAUAAGCCAACCCAGCGGCCGAGCACAGAAUAUUUCGAAUGUAUGCGUCGGUUACAAGCCAACCUAGGGUACCUUGCAACCAUUGCCGACCGGGCGAAGAAAUCAGGGGGUGUUCCUCCUGCUGCACCGGCAAUCAUGUCACCGCCUCCAAAUAUGCCUUCAAUGAAUGAAAUCUACAACAAACUCAACGAGCUCUUCCCUCGGUCCGCGCAAGGUGGUAUAGGGACACCCCAGCAGAGUCCACAAUCAUUGCAAGGGAAUGGCCGGCCUAGUCCUUCUCCAGCUGUCGAACACGUUUGA